AACACCCAACAAAGCUCCUUCUUUUCCAAGGGGCAAGACAUGACCACUAUUGAUCAUUCAAAAAGUCUUUCAAUUACGUGUUGAUUUGGUCCAUGUGAGAAGUGCACCAAUGGCCAUUAUUUCUCUAAAUUCCAUCUAUUUCUAGCCAAAUGUGUUUAUAUAGAUAGAUAAUAGAGAAAGAGACUGGAGUGAUCGAUUGGCAGUUUUGGGGGGGAAAGAAGAAAGAAAUGGAUGAUCAGAAGCUAAGUGUAGUGAGUUUGGUUGUAAUUCAUGUGGCAGUACUAUUAUUUUCAAGUGUAUUGGGUGCUCAUUUAGAAGAUGAAAUUAGAAGCUUGCCAAGCCAACCAAGUGAUAGUAAGGCAAAUUUCAAGCAGUUUGGUGGGUAUGUUACGAUUGAUGAGAAACAGGGGAGGGCUCUGUUUUAUUACUUUGUUGAAGCACAAACCCAGCCUACUUCUAAGCCUCUUGUCUUGUGGCUCAAUGGAGGUCCUGGGUGUUCUUCUGUUGGAGCUGGAGCUUUCAUAGAACAUGGGCCCUUUAAAAUUAAUGGAGAAACUCUAGUGAAGAAUGAGUAUAGUUGGAACACAGAAGCAAACAUGUUAUAUGUGGAGUCACCAGCAGGUGUUGGAUUCUCAUAUUCUUCUAAUAAAUCUUUCUACUCCAAAAUUAACGAUAAAAUUACAGCAAGAGACAAUCUGCUAUUUCUUCAGAAUUGGUUCGUCAAAUUUCCCGAGUACAAGAAUGCAGACUUUUACAUUACUGGAGAGAGCUACGGAGGACACUAUGUUCCACAAUUAGCCCAGCUCAUUCUCAAGUCCAAAGCCAAUAUCAAACUAAAAGGAAUCGCUAUAGGAAAUCCACUUCUAGACUUGGUGAAUGACUUCAACGCUAGAGAUAAAUUUAUGUGGUCACACGGCGUCAUUUCCGACUCAGCUUAUAUGCUUUUGAGUUCAAUAUGCAAUACUUCACGGUUUUAUCAAGAGAUCUUUCAAGGCUUCAUUUCUUCAGAUUGUAUCUUCGUUUUUUCUGAGGUUUCCAAGCAACUUUCUCCCCUCAUAGAUGAUUACAAUGUCAUCGGCGACGUUUGUUCCCUCACCGCCAAAUCACAGCCUUCCGUUCUCCUUCAUCCACUUUCCUCUUUCAUCACUAAAUCUGUUUCACAACGCCACCUUCUAAGUCACCCUCAGGAAAAGGUUGGUAUUGACAGAGAUGUUUGUUCACAAGAAAAUAUAGCAAAGUAUUUAAAUAGAAACGAUGUUCAAAAAGCUCUCCACGCCAAACUUAUUGGAGUCGAUCAAUGGAGUGUAUGCAACAGCAACAAUUCAGAUUGGCAUUAUGAUCUUAAGAACUGGCUUACACCUACGAUUGGUGUCGUUGGCUCACUUGUCAAGUCUCACAUUCGAGUCUUGGUUUACAGUGGUGAUCAAGACUCAGUCGUCUCAUUUACUGGAACAAGGACAUUGGUGAAUUUAUUAGCAAACUCAUUGGGUCUAAAUAUAACUAUGUCUUACAAAGUUUGGGUCGUGGACAAUCAGGCUGGUGGGUGGAGUGAAGCUUAUGGUAAGUUUCUAUCCUUCGCAACCGUAAGAGGAGCUUCUCACUUGGCUCCAGAGACUCAACCCAAGACAUCUUUGGCGCUUUUCAAAGCAUUUUUGGAUGGAAUUUAAUUACUUCUUCAACAAAUGUGACCCUUUCCUUCUUCUUCAUUUUCUUUUCUAAUUCUUUUGGGAUAUUCAUAUGCAAUAUAGCACCCCCAAAGGCCAAAGAAACGAUCUAUAUAUUAUUUAAAUAAAGUUACAUAUUCGAAGCAACAACGUACGUAAUACAGUAAUAUAUCCAAAAUUUUAUGUAAUAUUGGUUAACAAUAAUUUGGUUCAAAUUCUAUUUUGGUCUAUGAACUUUUUUUAUUC